AUGGAGACGAUUGAGCCAUCGGAGGUCAUUGCAGACGUCACGGAAAAUGUGAACGAUGAUGUUGAGAGUGGAAAGAAGACUGCAGAAUCCACCUUCACAUUAACAAUCACCUUCCAAGCUGCUCAUGAAGCGCUUGUUCAUGAUCGAUCGAUUGUGCGAUCUGUGGGCAGAAUAAUCUACUCAGCCAUCUACUUUGGUCUCUUUACGGCCAUGCUGUUCACUCAUAUCCCUACAUCACGAAUGUAUGAACAAGCCUAUGCAGUUUCCUCGAUAUUGGCUCAGUCAGGUGACGAUACAGUGACUCCAACUUCGCCUAUUAAGUUUUACAACAUUGGCCAGCUCGGCGAUGUAUUCGACUGGCUUAAUAACGCCUUCGUUCCAUCGGUAUUCGUGACUCAAGAUCAGAAUGGAGUAGAUCUACCAUCCGAAGACUACGCUCGCAUAGGAUUGUUCAAUAAGGGCCUUGGUGGUGUACUAAUUGAGGUCUACAGAAAGUCGACAGUUGAUUGUGGGGCAGAUGGCUCUCUCUACAUGGUUUACCCAGUGUGUCAUGCAUACCAAGGUCUUGACAACGAAUACCAGUCUUACUUACUCAUAUUCAGUCUCAAUGCCACCGAGGCAUUGGAAGGUCUUUCUGACUGGAAGAACCAGAAUUGGAUCGACAAUUCGACAGACAAAGUGGUAAUUUCAGUUUUGACCUACAACGGGGAGCUUGAAGGCUACGUAGUCACAGAAUUAACGCUGGAAUUCCACGCUGGUGGCUAUAUUACGCCUAAGGCUAAAGCGAGACCAACAAUUUCGAUUCCUUACGGGAAGAAAAGUUCAUACGUGAACGAUAUUCUUGUUUGGAUCUGGUGGAUUGUUGCACUAGUAUGGGCGAUCUCGUGCGUUUUGGAGUGGCGUAAGAAGGAAAACCGUCCAUCUCGACCUAGCAUGAUCACUCGACUGUUUGGUCUCUUCAUCGUUGAAGCUGUCAUGUGUGUGUUCUACGCUAUUUGGGCUAGCAUUGCGAGUCUGUUGAAUGACUAUGAUUUCCAAGACUCUCUCUGGAAGCUCGCAGAUCCCUACGCUCUUGAUGUUAACGGAACCGAAGACGACAUUCGAUCUCUCAACGUUGUGAUCGACAAUUUAAAACGGAUCGCUGAUCUCACUUCGGCACUUCGAGUGGUUGGUGCCGUCAUAAUUGCGCUGAUCGGUUUGCAAAUUCUCAAUCGCUUCCGGUUCCACCCACAGCUUAACAUUCUCACGCGUACUGUUACAAGCGCUUUGAAACAAUUUGCAGCGUUUUUCAUCGUUUUUAUCGUCAUCUUCUUGACGUUCACGAUCAUCGGGUCGAUGAUUUUUGGCGAUCGAGCAAAUGAGUUUUCUUCGCUCGACAACUCGAUGGCUUCGUGCAUUAAUAUGCUCUUUGGCGUGUUCGACUUCGAGUCGAUAAAAGAUCUCCAGUUUUCCGUCGCAUUCUAUUGGAUCUACAUGGUCGUUGUCAGUCUGGUACUGAUGAAUAUGAUGUUGGCUAUCGUUCUUGACGCCUAUGAUGAAGUUAGUAAAGAAAGUUACAAGAAAGCUGCCAACAUGAAACUCGCGAACCGUGUUGUAACAAUUUGCGGGGAUGUGGUGAGUGAGCGUAGUUUCACGUGGAAAGAUUAG